CCUCCCCCAGCAGGGCUCCACCUUCUCCGCCCCUCCCUGGCCGGCUCUUAAGUGGCUGGGGCUCAGGAGGCAGCCAGGCAGUGCUCAGCUGGAGCUCUGGCUGCAGGAUCUCAGGUCCCAGCGGGAGGACCCUAAUCGACCAUGUGCUUCACUAGGGGUCAGAGGUUGGGAAGACUGGCCACCGUCACCGCUAGUGCCUCAAGAGGAGAGGACAGCGCCAGUUCCUCCCUGGGAGUCCCACAUGACCAGGCUUCUCUGAGGAGCAUGCUGCACCGCUCUGUGGAUCAUUUCUGUGAUAGGAUGGGAAAUGAACCAGAAGAAGCACAGAUGGAGGCAGCCCUAGCAGAGACGGAGGAGGAACUCAGCAAGUAUGUCUGUGAAUUCAUGGAAGAUCACAUUCAAGAGAACCUUCCCGAAUCCCUGCAGGAGUCCAGUCCCUUGCUUCAGGAAGCACCGCAAGAAGUUCGCUGCAGAUUCCAGAGACCCUCAGUCACUGCCUUUCUGGAGGUCCAGAAUCCAGAAGAGAGCAUCUGGGCCAGAGCCCUGAGGCGGUUCCAAGGUAUGCUGCGGAGUCUCCAGCAGCGGUGUUGGGAUGUGCUGACCUGGCUGCAGGAGAAGGCGGCAGCCUGCCUACAGGCCAUUUCCAGUGCAGUGAAGGCCAUCUUGGGAGAGCUGACGGAUUUAUGCUCCUCUGUUGGGCAGCUCUUCAGAAACCUCAUUCAGGUCUAGGAACCCCAGGUGGUUCUGGAGGAACUCCACCUCAUCCAGAAGGCCCUGCACGAUCCCCUUUCCAAAAACCAUCUUCUGAAGCGACCUUUACCCUCCUGCUCACCCUUGACCCAUCCUGCCCUCACCUGCCCUCACCUGUCCUGCGGGACGACACCACAGCAUCAGGCCAGGUUUCCCUUCUCCAGGUCUGACCUGUCUGUCAGGGACGGGAUGCUCUGCUGACCCAGGGAUGUGGGAGAGGCUUAGAAGCCUGGGGCCCCAAGGACCAAGGUGCCUUCCAUGGCUCAGCAUGCCUCGGUGUCUCUGCCUGUCUCUCGGGACCCUGUCAGAUGGGGCUCUGAGCUGAUUCUCAGCGAGGGAGUCACCUGAGGCCGGCUGUGGGUCUCACAGGAGGAGGCAGUGGUGAACCCUGACCCUGAUGUUAGCAUCUUAGUGCCCUCAUCAUCUAGGGGACCGAGCUCAUUGUCAGCUCAGGCCCCAGCAGGACGGGAGCCCUGAGGAAGGCUCUCCCUGUCUCCUGGGCCUGAGCCUUCCUGUGUGGGGAGGACUGCAGCCUGUCUGGGAGUUCCUUGUGGCAGAGCCCCAUUCCGGCCACACCCUCCCUCUUCCCUUCCAGGGGGUCCCUCUGACAGGCCUGACACUGGAAGGCCUACCUCUGGCCUGAGUUCCCUGCUGCCAGGAGCCUCCCACUGCCAGGCCCUGAGCAGCCUUGGCUUCCUGGCCCUGUCCCUGCCUUACCUCCCCAUCAGUAUUCAAGUCUCUCACAGUUUCCCUUGGGUUCUCCGGUGACCCUGUGCUAAACCUCCGCUUGACUAUUUUCUUUUUAUCUUUUUACAUAAUGACCUUCCAUCUGAUAUACUACUUCUCACGAUGGUGAUGUUACUCCGUUGAUAUAAGUAGUAAGGUAUUUUUUGUUUAACAUUAAAUCUCUUCCCCAUUUCAACAUC